UAUAAUGCUACACAAGUGCUAAUGCCAUCGAACGUUAGCUAACUAGGUACGAUAGGUUACCUACAGUCAGCAGCUACAAGUAGCCAGGCUAACGACGCUAGCUCGGCUGUCGAGCGAAAUGGCAAGCUUUUUGAGGCAUUCGUCGAGGCUACAAGAACAGCGACGCCUGAGCGGAUAGUCAACAUGGGUCCAAAAAAGAGAGGAGCGAGGAAGAGGAAAACCGAGGAGGCUUUGGAAGGAGAAAACGAGGGAGAGCCUGCGGAGGAGGAGGCUGAGCAGAGAGCAGACAGGAGGAGGAAGGAGCGUGGGAAUAAGAAGUACAUCGGUGCCCAUGUUGGCAUCCAGGGCGGGAUAUGGAAAGCGGUGGACUCCUGCACAGAGAUGGGCGGCAGCAGUUUCGCCCUGUUUCUGGGCUCCCAGCGGUCAUGGAAGAGGCCUGCGCUGGACCAGACAGCCGCAGCCAAGUUCAGGGAGCAGUGUUCCCUGCAGGAGUAUGACCCAGCUCACAUCCUGCCCCACGGGUCCUACCUGAUGAACUGUGGAUCUCCUAAAGAGGAUGUGUUUGAGAAGAGCCAGGCCCUGCUGGUGGAUGAGCUCAGCCGCUGCAGCCUCCUGGGCCUCAGCCUGUACAACUUCCACCCCGGCUCGUCCCUGGGCUCCAUCACCACGGAGCAGUGUGUGGACAAGAUAGCAGGGGCCAUUAACCACGCUCACCAGCAAACACCUGCUGUGGUUACAGUUUUGGAGAACAUGAGCGGUCAGGGCAGUACAUUGGGCGGUAAGUUCUCCGAGCUGAAGAGCAUCAUAGACAAAGUGAGAGACCAGACCAGAGUUGGAGUGUGUCUAGAUACCUGCCACGCCUUUGCUGCGGGCUACGACCUGGCUGCAGAGGGAGGAGUGAAGGCCAUGCUUGACGAGUUUGAUCAGGAAGUGGGGCUCCACUACCUUAGAGCCAUCCAUCUCAACGACUCCAAAGGUAAACUAGGCUGUAACCUCGAUCGCCAUGAAGACAUCGGCAAGGGUCACAUCGGAAUCUCUGCUUUUCAGGACAUUGUCAACGAGCCCAGACUGGACAACAUCCCCCUGAUCCUGGAGACACCUGGACGGCCAGGAUUCGAGUAUGCAGAGCAGAUUGAGCUUCUCUAUUCCCUCUGUCAGAAGAAAUAAAGAGCACUCUUACUGUUGUUGUAUUAACACUGUUGAACUGAACUCUGAAAUACCCACAGCUCACACAUAGGUUCAGAAAAUUGUGUGAAGUGUUUGUCGUGGAAGUUGACGAGUGGUGGAGCCCACAUCUGUUUCAUUGUUAUCCACUGUGUUGACAGUUUCAGUGGGUUUUGUUCCUGAAUGAAAACAAAUGAAUAAAUGUGUUGCAAGUUUUUAUUUGA